CUUCCCUGCGUUCCAUCCGGGGAGGCGGAGGGGGCGUGGCUUAGCCUGUGUCCAGGUGAUCCAGAGUGUCUUUGGCUCCAGGUGAGAUGUCGGGGCCCAAUGGGGAGCCACACCUGAGCCUGGGCCCAGCAGAGGAGGAAGAGGAGGACGAAGGGGAGGCAGCAGAAUAUGCGGCCAUCAAUGCCAUGCUGGACCAGAUCAACUCCUGCCUGGACCACUUGGAGGAGAAGAACGACCACCUGCACGCCCGGCUCAAAGAGCUGCUGGAAUCGAACCGCCAGGCGCGGAUGGAGUUUCAGCAGCAGCUGAGCGAAGGAGAAGCCCAGGAGGCCGAUGCCCAAAGACCUGGACUGGGCUCAUAAUGCCUGCGGUGUGGGUGGUUGCUGCUGUCCAUACUCCGGCUAAAUGAUCAAACUCUCUGAAUCGAAACGGUGCCGAUGACGACAACUUGGUGUGUGUUUCGGCCCCUUUCCCUGCUGUAAUGUUGUCAUGUCUUUAAUGGGAAGCUUGGGAGGAAUGGGGGCGGAUUGGCUCCUUUAUUUUGAUUUUUGGACAUUAUGCCAUUUUAGUUGAUCUUCCUGUUUAACAUUCCCGUUACACUUGCUGUAAUAUGAAAUUGGACUUUGCAAGUUGUAGGUUUUGCUUGCACGUAAUACAUAAUCCUUGUCUUCGUGGA